CUGCUCGCUGCCUUUUGCAGGGGGCGUGGCCCCGCCUUGGCCCCGCCCUCCUCCCGUUUGGGGGGAAAAAAAGGCAAAGCAACCAACCUUUCGGAUCUAAUUUCGAUUUUCUCCCAUAUUAUUAUUAUUAUUAUUAAACAUGCACGAUUUUCGUUUUUUUUCCCUUUUCCUCUUCCUGUUAGGAAGCGGAAGCCAGGAACCUUUGCAAGGAGAAGCCUAUUUCUUGGAGGAGUUUCUUCCUACUAAUCAAACAGAGGAGGUGGGACAGGAAGUGACACGGCCCUGGCUGCUCCAGAUCUCCCCGCCCCCUCCCCCUCAUGAGCUGGAAGGGGAGGGGCUUAAGGAGGAAGGGGGCGGGGCCACAACCACCACUGCCUUCCAGGCGGAAGCAACACAAAGUCAUUGUGGAGUCAACUUCUUUGACCCGGAAGGGUAUAUUGACUCGGGGGACUACCCUCCGCUGCUCCGGGGCGAAUUCCUAGAGUGUACCUACAACGUCACCGUCUACACCGGUUACGGGGUUGAACUCCAGGUGAAGAGCGUGAACCUGUCGGAGGGAGAGGUGCUGUCCAUCGGCGGGUGGGCACCUGCUGCUGACCGCUGGGCAGUGCUGGCCAACCAGAGCCUGUUGGUAGAAGGCCAGGUCAUCCGCAGCUUGACCAACACCAUCUCUGUCUUCUUCCGGACCUUCCCAGAUGAUGCCAUGGGCACCUUCCAGCUCCACUACCAAGUGUUUGUGCUGAGCUGCAGCUUCCCCCGGCGGCCAGAGCACGGGGAGGUGACGGUGCUGAGUCUGCACCCAGGUGGAGUGGCCCGCUUCCAUUGCCACCUGGGCUACGAGGUCGAGGGGCCCGCCGUCACCAUUUGCACCAAUGCCUCCCGCCCCUAUUGGAGUGCACCCCAGCCCCUCUGCACAGCUCCAUGCGGGGGCCUGGUGCGCAACGCAACUGUGGGUCGGAUCUUGUCUCCAACGCAAAUGGUGAACAACAUGAGCUGCGAAUGGAGCAUCAUGGCCCCAAAAGCAGGGCAGAAGCUGCACCUCCACUUUGAGAAAAUGGCCCUGCAGCCAAGCAGAGGGCAGAGGCUGCAGGUUUUUGAUGGGAACUCCUCCUCCUCUUCGCUGAUCUUUGACUCAGCAAACAAUCCCAUGAUUCCCUUUGAGGGGCUGAUCAGCCAAGGCGACGCUCUCACCCUCAUAUUCUUCCAAUCCAAUGGAGAACAGGAAGGAGAAACAGGAAACCCUGUUUUCAACAUCCACUUCGAAGCCUUUGAGCGCGGCCACUGCUACGAGCCUUUCAUCCAGAACGGGAACUUCACGACCUCGGAUCCCACCUUUGACCUAGGGGCGGUGGUGGAGUUCACCUGUUACCCGGGUCACGACCUCGAGCAAGGCCCCGCCUCCAUCCAGUGUGUCAACCUCCGCGAACCGCACUGGAAUGACACCGAGCCCCUCUGCAGAGCCUCCUGUGGUGGUGAGCUGACGGGCGGCUCUGGGGUGAUCCUGCCUCCCGAUUGGCCGGAAGAGCCCUUUUACCCCGCCCCCUCCUUCUCCUCCUCAUCCAAUCCUGUUGCGGAGAGGGGGCGGGGCUGCAUCUGGAGGAUUCACGUCUCUCUGGAGAGGAGAGUUCGACUUGACAUUCAGCUGUUGAACUUGAGCGGGAGCGACCUGCUGUUGAUCUUUGAUGGGGAUGACCUGGGGUCCCGCCCCCUGGGCCACUUCCUGGGGUCGUCCCCGCCGGGGUCACAGAGGCUUUACACGUCUUCACCCGACCUCACCGUUCAGUUCCACUCCGACCCAGGCCCUGCCCACAAGGCAUUCAUCCUCACCUACACUGAGGUGCCCCAUAAUGACUCAUGCCCGGACCUGCCAGAGAUCCAGAAUGGGUGGAAGACGACGUCCCACGCAGAGCCCAAUGUACGAGGGGCAAAGGUCACCUACCAGUGUGACCCCGGGUACGACAUCCUUGGCCCAGAAACCCUUGUCUGCGGGCCCAACCUUGCCUGGAGCAGCCCACCGCCCUUCUGCGAAAAGAUCAUGUACUGUACGGACCCCGGGGAGGUGGCGCAUGCGACGCGGCUGAUCUCGGACGCCGGCCUGCUGGUGGGCACCACCAUCCAGUACACCUGCGUGCCCGGCUUCGUCCUGGAGGGCAGCAGCGCCCUCCUUACCUGCUAUAGCCGCGAGACCGGCACCCCUUCCUGGACCUCCCGCCUGCCCUCCUGCGUCCCGGAGGAGUCCCUGGCAUGUGAGAACCCGGGCCUGCCGGAGAAUGGCUACCAGAUCCUGUACAAGCGCCUGUACCUGCCAGGGGAGUCACUCACCUUCAUGUGCUACGAGGGGUUCGCCCUUGAAGGGGAAGUGGCCAUCCAAUGCACUCCUGGGGCACCCUCCAGGUGGAGUGGCCCCCUGCCCACAUGCAAAGUCAAUCAAGCCACAUUCGAACGCGCCUUAGAAGUGGCGGCCACUUCCUUAGAAGGCGGCAACAUGGCGCUGGCGAUCUUCCUUCCUGUUUUGGUGGUCUCUGUACUCCUGGGUGGUGCUUACAUCUACAUCACAAGGUGCCGCUCUUACUCGAGUCUCCGCCUCCCACUCAUCUAUUCACACCCUUACAGUCAGAUCACAGUGGAAACGGAGUUCGACAACCCCAUCUAUGAAACAGGGGAAACAAGGGAAUAUGAAGUUUCCAUAUAAAUCUACACCUUUUUUCGUGUUUAAAUCUUUUAUUUUAUUUCUUCUUUUUUGGGGAAUCUAUAUAUAUAUUUGAAAUAUAUAUAUUUUUGGACAACGGUUGGUUUUCUGCAAGAAAAGAAGAAAAUAAUAUUGAUGUUUUUCUUCCACCAGUUUUUUGGAUAUGUUUUGAUCAAUUUUUGACAAAUUUAUUUCAAAGAAUUUUUUUUUGUUUUUUCUUGCAACUAAAAAUCUUAAUUAAAAAUUAUUUUUUAAUAUUUUUAAAUAUUUUUGAACAUUUUCCUUUCUUUUAAGAUUUUAUUUUAUUUAUUAUUUUAAUAUUUUAUGCAUUUAAUUUAAAAUUUUGUAUCAAUAUUUUAAUAUUUAAUUUCAUGCAUUUAAUUUAUUUAUUAUUUUACUAUUUUGUGCAUUUAUUUUAUUAUGUUCUAUUUUUAUUUAGAUACUGUGCAAUUAUUUUAUGUGUUUAAUAUUUUGUGCAUUUAUUUUUAUUGUGUUUUAUUUUUAAUUGAAUAUUGUGCAUUUAUUUUAUUUUUAUUUUAAUAUUUUUGUGCCUUUAUAUUUAUAUCAAAUUUAUUAUUUUGUUAUAAUUUCCUUCCAUGAAAAAAAAAACCAAAUGAGCCUGUAUUUGGUGGUUUAAUCACUUAUUUUAAUGUAUUUUAAUGUAUUUACACCCCACCCCCCUCAACUAAAUGAAUAAAAAUGUGCCAAUUUUUA